ACUUCCGCUUCCCUUUUCCCGGUGCAAAGAUGGCGGAGUACGACCUCACCACAAGAAUUGCUAAUUUUUUAGACCGUCAUCUCGUUUUUCCUCUGCUGGAGUUUCUGUCUGUGAAAGAGAUUUACAAUGAGGACGAGCUGCUUCAUGGAAAACUGGAUCUCCUCAGUGACACUAACAUGGUGGACUUUGCCAUGGAUGUGUACAGAAGCCUUUUUUCUGAAAAGGAAAUCCCCCAUACUCUGAGGGAGAAGAGGACAGAGGUGGUGGCUCAGCUGAAGCAGCUGCAGUCAGAGACGGAACCCAUAGUAAAAAUGUUUGAGGACCCAGAGACAACAAGGCAGAUGCAGUCCACCAGAGAUGGACGUAUGCUCUUUGACUAUUUGGCAGAAAAACAUAACUUUCGUCAGGAGUAUUUGGACACUCUAUACCGAUAUGCCAAGUUCCAGUACGAGUGUGGAAACUACUCUGGUGCAGCGGAGUACCUCUACUUCUUCCGUGUCUUGGUUCCAUCCACAGACAGGAAUGCCCUGAACUCUCUGUGGGGCAAGCUGGCCUCUGAGAUCCUGAUGCAGAACUGGGAGGCAGCCAUGGAGGACCUCACCCGCCUGAGAGAGACUAUCGAUAACAAUUCUGUCAGCUCUCCUCUCCAGUCUCUCCAGCAGAGGACAUGGCUCAUUCACUGGUCGCUCUUUGUUUUCUUCAACCACCCUAAGGGCAGAGACAAUAUCAUUGAGCUCUUUCUGUAUCAGCCACAAUACCUCAAUGCUAUCCAGACUAUGUGCCCCCACAUCUUGCGUUACCUGACCACAGCGGUCAUCACAAACAAGGAUGUCCGUAAGCGUCGGCAGGUUCUGAAGGAUUUGGUGAAGGUCAUACAGCAGGAAUCCUACACCUACAAAGACCCAAUUACGGAGUUUGUGGAGUGUCUGUACGUGAACUUUGACUUUGACAGUGCUCAGAAGAAACUCCGGGAGUGUGAGUCGGUUCUUGUGAAUGACUUCUUCCUGGUUGCUUGCCUGGAGGACUUUAUCGAGAAUGCCCGCCUCUUCAUCUUUGAGACCUUCUGCAGGAUUCACCAGUGCAUUAGCAUCAACAUGCUGGCAGACAAACUUAACAUGUCACCUGAGGAAGCUGAGAGAUGGAUUGUGAACCUCAUUCGCAACGCCAGGCUGGAUGCCAAGAUAGACUCCAAACUGGGUCACGUUGUCAUGGGGAACAACGCCGUAUCUCCAUACCAGCAGGUGAUCGAGAAGACCAAGAGCCUGUCAUUCCGCAGCCAAAUGUUGACAAUGAACAUUGAGAAGAAGCAGGCCAACAGCAACAGGACUGAGACACCAAGCUGGGCCGGUCAGGAGUCUGGAUUUUAGAGACACAGCAGAGAUGAAUCCACACAUCUUUUUUUUCCUCCACACUUGUCUCUCAAAAGGCUCUGUACUUGGUUUGAGUCAUCAUCAGUUCAAUAAAAUUGACCAAGAAAACCA